AUGAACGAGCGGAGACCCAAAGAGGAAUCGGAAUGUCUCAAAUUUUUUGAGAGAAGAGAAAAAAAAAAAAGUCACGCCCUGGGACAAGACCAGUGUGGAAGAGGAAAAGGGAGCACAGGACCUCACAAACAGGAUGGCGGGGAGCGAAUCGGGCAAGGAUCCCGCAUGGAUCGAGAAUUGACUUCUGUCGGCGUCGACACGAGGCGGAUGUGGAUCGAUAGUUGGAAUUGUGAUGCUUAUGCUCCCGCGUCGAGGCGGAUAGAGCGGUCCAGCAGUCAGACGGAUACCUCGUAUCUCACAAGUACGCCUGGCACGCGGGUGCAGCAGGGAGGUUGGCUGUCAGCCAAUCAGAGCCCCGGGGGGGCCAACGAACAUUUGACUGCUUCUCCAUCAUGGCGGCCUAGACUCGCUCGCGCAGACUCCCUCGUCUAUCUCCCUGAGACAGACACCAUAGCCCCUCCACGGACUACGUUUGAAUCUCUUCUCCCUACAACAACCCCUUCAGAGUCUCCUGUCCCAGGAUCUCUGAACUUCAGCAUCGCUCCGCGUAGCUCAAGUUCGCUCUCGACCAGCACCAUUCCGUUCGACUUUCAGUCGUUCACCACGGAUAACUCUUUGCAAACAUGGCUCCCCACGCCCCCGCCUCCGCAGCCUCAGGCGCAUCCGAAUUCGAACAGCAACAACAGCAGCAACAACAACAACAACAGAUUGCCCGAGGACUUCGUGCUCUACCCGCCAGUGCCCGCCUCUCGUCCGCCAGCCAGACUCUCGGACGCGCGUGCUCCAGCACCGUCGAAUACUGCCCUUAAGGCGUCACCCUUCAACGUUCCCCUGGUCCCCUCUUCGCGGCGACUCUCCCUGAAUCUACACCAGCAGCAGCAGCCCUUGUCUGGCUCGCCGGUCCAGGUCCCUCGAGUGUCCAGGUUGAUCACACAGUCUCCCGGGUUCACCACGUCCAAUUCUUAUCGGUUCAGUCCAUCCAGCCGAAAGCACCCUUUGCAUAGGCGCUUCUACGCCGCUUCAGUGCCUUCGAAUUCACCACAGCCCACUCGCCCUCCCGUCCCUCUGUUCUAUAGCACACGGAAUCCUUCGUCCAAUCAGAAACCGCAAUCCCAGCAUCGUCGAGUCAUGUCCGCAUCCAACAUCGCGCAAGAUCUGCCAGAGCUCUUCGAUCUCUCUACAAACACCUUUGGCACCGAGUUCGAGUCUGGCCCAGAGUCCACUAUGUUCUCCCCUCAGCAAUUCAUCAACGGCGGCUUCGUGGUGGGCAACGACCCCCUCGGAUGCCAGCCCACCGGCACCGUGUCGCCCAAGGAUCUCAUGAUGGAUGCCUCGGCCCCGCCUUCCACCUCCUUCACAGACAUGAGCACCCCCUCCUUCGAGUCGCCGGGUUACUUCAGCCACGACACCUCGCCCAUGUUCCCGGCCGACCCAGAACUGGCCCCCGGCCACGAGGAGUGGGAGUCGCUCUUCCCCUCCAACGACGGGUUUGCUGCUCUUGACGAGCUCAGCAUCCCCGUCGCGCUGCCCUCCAAGCCUGCUCCUCCCGCGGAGCCCAUGAUCCGCAAGUCGUCCUCUCCCGGCCAGUCCCCCGCUCCCAGGACUCCGUCAACGAAGCACUCGACGACUGCGGGUAUCCGUAAGCGUGAGAAGCCGUUGCCUGCGCUCAAAUACGAUACCAAUGAUCCUGUUGCGGUCAAGCGCGCUCGAAACACCGAAGCGGCCCGUAAGUCCCGAGCCCGCAAGCUCGAGCGACAGGAGGAGAUGGAGCGUCGUAUUGCCGAGCUCGAGAAGAGCCUCGAGGAGGCACACCAGCGCGAGGAGUACUGGAAGGCUCUCGCACAGGCCGCGCAGUAA